CUCUCGCCGUCUGUCCGCUAUCUGAGGCCUGGAAUGCUUUUACUUCCGCCUUUCGUGGUGGUUUGAGUUUCUCUAUGUUUUCCGUUCUUCGUUGUCGUGUCCUCAUCCAUGCGAUAUUAAUAACUAUGCCCAAUCCCUCCCACUUUCCGGCUGCCUCCUGGAGCUUCAUCGGCCAGUUCCGAGCUUUGAGCUGAUCCAAUGUCUUCGCCGCUCAGCUUCACUCCAUGGAGGAGGAGGGCAUUGAGCUCGACCUCGCAGCGCGAUCCCCCGCAGCUCCAACCUGCCGAUGGCUUCAGCUCGAGCCCUUCGCAUGGUUCCCACCAAACUUCUACUACUGCUACGCAAGCUCGCCCGACGUCCAUCAGCUCCGCGCCCAGCCAUCGAGAGCCCAUUCGAUCCUUUAUUCACAGCUCUGUGCGAGAUGACUUACUGGAUAGUGUUCAAAAUGCGAGAAACAUUCGUCAAGACACCGCGGAGCUUGCCACCUACCUCCUCUCAGACGGACAAGCUCCCCCAAGCCCCGUAUUCCUACGCUCGCGAUCAUCCGUCCACGAAGUUGCCGUGUCCGAUUACGGCGACGAGUCUUCCAUAACUGACCAUGCGCGCAACUCGACAACGACUGUAGAGGUAUCUGAGCCGCCAUCGCCAGAGGCCGAGCGCGACACACAUGCGCCCGCCGGGCCCUCGGUUCUUGCAAACCUCCUCAAGGGCUCCCCUCCUCAGUCGAUGGCUCAACAUCACCCUCCCGAGACCGAACAUGAAGAAGACGAUGGGGACCGAAACCAGCCCGAGCCGCGUUUCCAUACCGAUGCCAGUUCGGAGCGCACGCCACUGCUGUCGAGGGUGACUUCAGGCGGCAGGCGGUCUUACACGGAGGAUCUUGAGGGUCUGAAAUCUCGCGCAAAGCGUCCUUGGAUAAGCGGUUUGGUAGAAGCAGGCCACAAGGUGGAAGAACGAGUGACACAUAGCGUUGCGGUCGCCGUCAAUCUGCGCCGCUGGGAUGGCAAGGCAAUAUGGCACAACACGGUGGUUACUCACGUCUCAUGCUUGCCCGCCGUGACUGUUGGUCUAUUGCUCAACAUUCUAGAUGCGCUCUCUUACGGUAUGAUUCUUUUUCCUCUGGGAAAGCCAAUCUUUUCACAUCUAGGAUCUGCCGGUAUCUCAGUUUUCUAUGUCAGCACCAUCGUGUCACAAAUCACAUUCUCAUCGGGCAGUAUCUUUAAGGGCGCCGUGGGGUCUGAAUUGAUCGAGGUGGUGCCGUUCUUUCACAACAUGGCGUUCCGAAUCACCGAUACGGUUGGAGAGAAUAACCCUGACGCCACCAUUGCCACCACUAUCGUGUCAUACUCCAUAAGUGCCAUGAUUACCGGCCUCGUCUUCUAUCUCAUGGGCCGAUUCAAGGUUGGAUAUAUGGUGGGGUUCAUCCCCCGGCACAUCUUGAUUGGAUGCAUAGGUGGCGUCGGAUGGUUCUUGGUCGCUACGGGGUUCGAGGUAUCGGCUCGCCUCGACGGUAGUCUGGAAUAUGACCUCGACACGCUGAAGAAGUUGACAAACCCAUCAACCGUACCGCUCUGGGUUGUCCCCCUGAUACUGGCCAUUCUUCUCUUCUACGAGCAGUCAAAAAUUACCUCCAAGUUCUUUUUGCCUUUGUUUAUCUUGGCGAUUCCCUUGGUUUUUUACUUUUUUGUAUUGGCUCUCGACGUGUUGGAUGUGGAUACAUUGCGCGACCAAGGAUGGAUUUUCCAAGGGCCACCCUCCUGGGAGCCGUGGUGGUAUUUCUACACUCUCUACCAGUUCAAACUUGUGCGCUGGGAUGCAGUCGUCGAAUGUAUCCCCGCCAUGUUUGCCUUAACCUUCUUCGGCAUCCUACAUGUCCCGAUCAACGUCCCUGCCUUGGCCCUGAACUGCGGCGAAGACCACGCUGAUCUCGACAAGGAGCUGAGGCUUCAUGGCUAUUCCAAUUUCCUGUCUGGUUGCUUUGGCAGCAUCCAGAACUAUUUGGUCUAUGCGAACACCGUGUUUUUCAUGCGGUCAGGCGGAAACACACGCCUCGCAGGCUAUAUGCUAGCUGCCGCCACCUUCGGCGUCAUGCUUGUUGGCCCAUCACUUAUCGGAUUCAUUCCGGUCAUGAUGGUGGGCAUUUUGAUCUUUGAUCUGGGCUUUGAGCUCAUGUUGGAGGCGCUAUGGCUCCCCCGCAAGAAGCUCAAGCUCGCUGAGUACAUAACCGUAGUCGUCAUUGUGCUCGUCAUGGGCAUUCACGACUUUGUGGUGGGUAUCGGGGCUGGCAUCUUGCUAGCCUUCGCAUCACUCAUUCUACAAACUUCACUGGUGUCAGCUAUCCGUGGAAACUAUUCCGGUGACAUUGUCACUUCCACUGUGAGGCGCAAUCUCUGGCAGCAUCACUACCUGCACCGGGUUGGCUGCCAGAUUUAUAUUGUGAAGCUCACGGGGUAUCUCUUCUUCGGAACCGUUGUGAGCGUCGAGGAGAAGAUUCGAUGCCUGUUGGAGGACAGUGCAUUUGCCAAGCAGCCCAUCAAGUUCCUAAUAUUGGACUUGUGGCACGUUUCUGGCCUUGAUUACUCGGCCGGUGAAGCGUUCAAUACCAUCAGUAGGCUUCUCAACAACAAGGACGUUGUUUUUGUCCUGAGUGGUGUUGACUGCGACAGUGAGCUUGGUCGAAACCUGAGGGCCGUUGGAUUAGGAAGCGAUGGAAUCGAUGUCAUGAUGGUGCCCGAUCUUAACUCUGCAUUGGAGAGCUGCGAGAACGAGCUUCUAAAAACCCUAUAUGCGAGACAGGAGGAGCUUGCUUUGAAGCGAGUUUCCAUCCAGAACUUGGAUGUCCCUGCGAGAUCUUCGACUGCGUUCUCCUCAUUCGACCCGCCCUUCAACUCACCUCGGCGAAACCAUCUUGUCGAGGCUGCCCAGGAUGCACUGAGCAGUGUCGACGUGCGGCGUCCAUCCAGAUGGAUGAGCUUCCAAGAGCCUCUUAGGCUCAUGCUCCAGAUCUUCCAGGGCCUCAGUGAAAGAAACGAGGAAAGAAACGAGGACUUCUGGUUCCCAGCAACCUCAUACUUUACCCGACGCGAGUAUCCGGCCGGUACCAUUCUUUUCCGGCGCGGAGAGUCGGCGAACGGCUUCUACAUGUUGGAACGGGGCAUCAUCCGGGCUGAAUACGACCUCCCUCAGGGAUGGCUUUGCGAGAGCAUCGUGGCGGGCACGACCUGCGGCGAGCUCCCCUUCUUUUCCGAUACUGAUCGGACGGCGACUGCGGUGGUGGAGAGAGAUUGUGUCGUCUGGCUUAUGGACCGGGAGCAGUGGGCCAAGAUUCAAAUCGAGCAGCCGGAGGUUGGUAGGGAACUGUUGAGGGUGUCCCUGAAGCUCACUAGCGAGCGCAUGAGCGCUAUUACCUCGUACAUCUUGACGACGGCGGGUUAGAUCUCGACCGGAAUAUCGAAUGUCAAAUCAUCAGGGAACGCAAAAUAAAU